AUGACUCCUCGAUGCUACGUCUUGGUUGCCUGGGCUGUUCUCUGCGUCUUCACCCUCCUCUGUUCACACGGAGCACCAGUUUCCCCCACAGGCGCUCACCUGAUGCUCUGCCAGUCACACACAAGGUGUGGGGACAAGUUCUACGACCCCCAGCAGCACUGUUGCUAUGAUGAUGCUGUGGUGAAAUUGAGCGAGACUCGAAAGUGUGGAAACUGCACCUUCAGGGUCUGCUUCGAGCAGUGCUGUCCCUGGUCAUUCAAGUCUGAGGAGACCUUCCUGGUAAAAGUGAAAAGCCAGAAUUGUUCCUCAGGCCUAUUCUCGGAUGACAGAGUUUGUUCCAGGUGA